AAUUGCGGUGUCAAUGACAGCACAAUAUUUUUGACGUGUGUUUUGCUUGCUCGGUUGAAAGAAAAGAGUCGGUCGCUAACUUCUUUAUCCGGCUAAAAAGAAAACUACGCAAUUUUAUUAUUAAUUUGUGAUGUGAUAUCCUAUCCACCUGUUAUACCAACAAUAUGGCGCUGAAACAGAUCGAUAUUGUGACGACAUUGGCCAUAAAUUUGAUACAUUACGUAUCGUCGGACCACAUCCUGUCCUGCGAUGCGAACUCCCUGGAUACGUCUUGUAGAGGCGACCAUCAGAUAUGCAAUCUGACCUCUUCACUAUGUUAUUGUGAAAAGGGUUUUGUGAUGGUGGGGGAUGAGUGCGAGGUGCCCUCCGACGAUUCCCUGGCGUCCCACGGCUCCACCUACGUCGUGGUGAUCGUCUUCACCAUAGCUUUAGUCAUCUGUGGCCUUGUAUUAGUGAUAAGGAAGUACAAUUUGAUAGAAUAUAUGAGGCAGAAGAUUAACAUGUACAGGAACAACGACGUCAUUUACGAGGAUGUGAUGAUCGGCAAUGACGACCCCCCGCUCAGCCCUUAAUGCCUUAUAAUAUAACUUAUUUAUAUAGAUAUAAUUGUUAAUGAGAGACAAUGUAUGCAACAUAGUGUCAAUAAUAUAAAUGUAUAUAAAUUUUAUUUCUCGGACUUUUAUUAAUAAGAAUUAAUAUAAAAUAAUCUGCUGACUCUGUGAUGCAUGAUUGUCCUUAUGAGCCAAGUGUAGAUGUUAAUGAGAUUAUAACAUAAAAUAUAUUUUGUUAUAUGUCAAACAUUAUUUGAUUAUUUUACCUACUUCUAGUUUUGUACCUUUAGUCUUACAUUUGAAUACCCAAGGUUCUGUUUAUGGCAAUAAAAAGGAGUUCAUUACUUUACAAGAUACAUUUUGGCACCAAAAAGUCAAUAUACAUAAACACCUUGUUAAGUAUUUUGAAAUUGGCAAUUACAACAAAGAAUGUUAUUUUUCAUCUAAAUAUAGGAUUUGUUUCUUGACUUUUACAUUCUUUAUGUGAUAUAUACCAACACUUUCACAUCUAAUUAUGAAAUUCAAUAAACAAUUAUUUUUGUAAAAGCAAUACUAAUACUGAAUAAAUAACGAAUUGCCUUUCUACUCAACAAAAUAAGAUUUUAUAUUACUAAAAAAUUAAAUCCAACUGACAAUAAAAUGAUGCUUACAAAUUUAAUGGUUUCAAAUAGAAAUAUUUUAACCAUAAUUCAAAUUACCAUACAACCUAUAAUAGUGAUAAAGGACAUUGAUAACUGUGUCACCUACAAAUUUUAUAACAUGCACUUUUUCUUAUAUAUUGCAAACAAAACCUCUACACUUGGCUCAAUAAAUGUUAAAAAGUAUUUUAUAUGUUGUGGCUAAUUGUAAUAAACAAUGCAUAUAUUAGGUGUAUGAGAGUAUUUGAAACACUAUCAGCUUGACAAAACAUCAAACAAAAUUAGUGUUAUUUCCAAACAAUUGAUAAGUUCUGUACAUCAAAGUAUUUGUAUAAUAUACAGGUAAUUAAGGAAAUCUUUAUGAAAUGUUAAAUUGAUAAAUUCCAUAGUAGAUGUAUAUAAAUUCCAAAUAGCUUUGUUUAUCAAGACAAUACACUUAGAACUUUGACAUUUGUAAUCAUAUUAUAGGUAUUUUGUAAAUUGGUUAAUAUAUAUUUUUUUUUUAUUUUGUAUCCCGGUAACUAUUGUAGGACACCUUUUGUAUAAAAGUACUAUGAGUGCGGUUUUAUCAUUCCAAUUCAAAUAAUAUAAGCUUGCUAUUACAUUUCAGAAAGGGUAGGCAGAGGGUAUCCAAUAAUUACUUACCGCAUUAUGAUAGGAAGGAAUCUUAUUGCUAAAUAGGUCUUACAUUUAAAAACUCUACCAAUUUCGUCUGAGUGUUGUUUUUUCUACAUCAACUUGGCCAAAUAUCUCUAGUUUCCGAAUCUGAAUACUCCACUUAACAAUGCAAGUAAUGUCUCAUUCUCUGUGGUGGAAAAAUAAUUGUUAUUAGUUAUAUAAAAAUGCAAUACAAAGUACGAACAAAUGGUUAUUUUAGGUAGAAAAAUGAUGAUUCAUAAGUGACAUGCUGCAUCUAAAAUUACUGUUUAUUGUAAUUUUUCCUUAUGUUUCUAUGUAUUAUGUAUUAUGUGACUGUAUAUUUAGAAUAGUAUUGUCCUUCAUUCCUCAAUGCGUUCUUAAAAUUUCUUAGGCGAAAACCAUGUAGUUUCUUAGUGUAUUAAUACAGGUAUUAUAAUGAAGUAAGUGCAUUUUUCCCGCACUACUCUGACCCCUAGUUUGUUUACACGUUCGGUAACAGCCUGUAUAGUUACUGAGGCUGGUAGACAACAAAUUACAUAUUAUGACAUGACAAGUGAUAUAAAAGAAAUGAUUAAAGGACAUGUUAUUUUUAUCAUUGAAUAUUCUUAUAUUCAAUGACAAAAAUAACAUAUCCAGUAUAAACAUUGAUAAUAUAUGUUAAUACGGAUUAUUUGUUGUUAGAUAGUAGAUAUAUAAUUAUGUCAUUUGUCACUGAUCUUUGUAUAUCAUAGACUAUAAUUUAUUAUUCUUCUGCCACUUUGAUACACAUUGUUUGCUAUAUGUACAGCUCAGAACUUACAAGUACACAAUCACAUCCAGUGUCUGUAACAUAUUGUCUUUAUUUUUUUUUGUCCAACUGAGCAAAGGUUUGUGAAGUGGUGAUACUUGAUUUUUAUAACAGAUAAAGCAUACUUUGUAGUCUAUGGCAAAAAUAAUACCAAUUUGAAAUAAUAAUUAAGAUUACCUUUUUUUGCUUAUGCUCAAUUUAGCCAAAGACUGAAUGGUUUUUUUUUUAUUCAAUGGCACAAUUAUUAUUUGCUGUGCUAUUUAUACUUUGCAUAUCAUUUUGCUUAUAAUAUUAAGGAAGAUAAUAUUUGUGUUUCUAUAGUAAUCUAAGGGCCUGUUACACAAGGACCAAGUGAAUAAUAUCAGUUAUUAUAUCACAGAUAAUGUAGACAAUGCUCAUUUUAUUACCAUUUAUUUGGGCAUGGAUGAGUGUAAUUUUUUUAUGUGGUUAGUUUAUACUUUUGCUAAGGAGUAGUGAAACUAGCCCUAACUAUUUUAAAAGACAAGCACAAAUUAUUUAUUUAUUUCACUCAUUAAUUAGGAACUUAGAUUUGGUAAAGGGAUAAAAUAAAAUAAAAAUUCUAUAUUUUUAUUUACUGUGUCUAAGACAAGAAAACAAUUGUUCCGAGUUAUAUUUUACUGAAAAAUAUUUUAUUUAUGUUUUUUUAAUAAAUAGAUGCUGUUUUAUCGGUAAUUUUAGUAUAUUCUAUCUAGAAGUUAGGUAUUUAGCUAUAGUUAUUGUAUUUUAAGCCAAUGUAUUAUCAAAUAUAUUUACAAACAUUUGGUAAAUUAAUUUUAUUUUGAUUAUGAUUAAAUUAUAUAUGUGUGCAUUGUAGCUUAAAAAAAUAGUAUGUUUUUGGAAAUCCAUUUCGCUUAUUGGCUUUUUCAUAUUUGCUAUACCUACGUAUUUUACUUCUUAAUUUUUAAGGUAAUUUAUGGGUGUUAUACAGAAUUUAUAAACUGGCAGACUAUUUGAAAUGCCUUAAAAAUAUUAUAAUUAAGUUCAAUAUAAUUAAAGAAUCUAUGUGUAAAAUAGAAGAAUUAAAAUUUAAAAAAGGUGCACUCAGAUGGGAAUUUAUUUGUCUCGAUAUUUCAUGGUAUACUGAAUAUGAGGAAUAAGUCAUAAGCCAUUUUGGAAUUCAUUACUCAAACAGGUUAAAAAUAAACAGGUAAAAAAUAAUCCAUGACAACUAUGUAGAACCGAUAUUAUCUAUUUCAUAUUCAUAUAAUGGGAUGAUGAAGAUUGAAUCAAUAAUUUUUUUUUAAGGAAUGUGUUGCAGUAAUUUCUUUAUUAGUUAGAUUUUUACCGAUUAUUUAAGUUUCUCAUAGACUUAUCUUUGCUCGAUCGAUAUUAUGUAAAUGCAUGUCUCUGAGGAUAACAUUUUUUUGGUCAUAACUGAUUAAAUCUUCAUCAUUCAUAUUCAUAGCUAUAGUGAAGAUAAUGUAUUUAUAUUUACCAAGAAAAUUUUCAAUCAGUGAUUACCUAGUGUGUUGUAUAUUUUAAUUUCUUUGACAAGUUAAUGACUACAUAUUAGUAUCACUGGUUUUAAUAUUUAUUGGUGUAAUACCAAUAUUUUUGGCUGGACUGAAGAUAGUCACGGGCGGUGUGACAGCUGUCAUUUUCACAGACUGUCAGGACACAAUAAGAUGACUAACUUCAAGUCAGGCAAAAAAACUGGAAAUAAGAUAAUUAAAUGUUUUGUCUAAUUAAUCUCAUUUUGUGGUUAUAUAUUGAAUAAAUACUCUGUGAUAUUG